AUGGAACAGGGCAGUCCAGUAUUCACCAUGGAACAGGGCAGCCCAGUAUUCACCAUGGAACAGGGCAGUUCAGUAUUCACCAUGGAACAGGGCAGUCCAGUAUUCACCAUGGAACAGGGCAGUCCAGUAUUCACCAUGGAACAGGGCAGUCCAGUAUUCACCAUGGAACAGGGCAGUCCAGUAUUCACCAUGGAACAGGGCAGUCCAGUAUUCACCAUGGAACAGGGCAGCCCAGUAUUCACCAUGGAACAGGGCAGUUCAGUAUUCACCAUGGAACAGGGCAGUCCAGUAUUCACCAUGGAACAGGGCAGUCCAGUAUUCACCAUGGAACAGGGCAGUCCAGUAUUCACCAUGGAACAGGGCAGUUCAGUAUUCACCAUGGAACAGGGCAGUCCAGUAUUCACCAUGGAACAGGGCAGUUCAGUAUUCACCAUGGAACAGGGCAGUCCAGUAUUCACCAUGGAACAGGGCAGUUCAGUAUUCACCAUGGAACAGGGCAGUCCAGUAUUCACCAUGGAACAGGGCAGUCCAGUAUUCACCAUGGAACAGGGCAGUCCAGUAUUCACCAUGGAACAGGGCAGUUCAGUAUUCACCAUGGAACAGGGCAGUUCAGUAUUCACCAUGGAACAGGGCAGUCCAGUAUUCACCAUGGAACAGGGCAGUCCAGUAUUCACCAUGGAACAGGGCAGUCCAGUAUUCACCAUGGAACAGGGCAGCCCAGUAUUCACCAUGGAACAGGGCAGUCCAGUAUUCACCAUGGAACAGGGCAGUCCAGUAUUCACCAUGGAACAGGGCAGUCCAGUAUUCACCAUGGAACAGGGCAGUUCCAUAUUCUAG